UGCGGGUCCGCGGACAAAAAUCGAUUGAUCAUGCUAAUCGAUUGAUUUUCUCCAAAUUCAAUCCAUCUUCUUCAAAUUUUUUCAUCGAUUCUCUUAGAUUACACCAUUGAUCUCCAUCUACUCUUAUUUUCGAUCGAAAUCUGCUUAUGAAUCAUGAUAGAUAUGAUUAUGAGAAGAAACUUAUACGCCGAUCGAUCGGAAAUAAGAGUAUAUUGACAUCAAACAAAUGCAUCAUCGAAUCUAAAGAGAUUGCAGGUUUUGUGUGGCAAUUGGAAUCAUAUACUGCAAUCUCUUCUCUAUGUCCCUUCGGAUGUACCCGCCAGCCGCGCAGGAGGAGUAACAUUUUGAACAAGUAUCAUGAAGAAUCAAAGGAUUUGAUGAUUGGUCGCUCUGGUGUUUCUGCUAUAUCGAUAUCUUCGGAAGAAUUUAGUGUUAAUUGGUCUCUCUUUUCCGUUAUCUACGUUUUUGCCAGUGUCGUUUGCUGUGCGUGGCAUCUCAAUCCGACAUGAGAAUGUUAUUUCUCAAGGUGAAGCUCUUGAAUCAUGGCCUCUCGAAUUGCUAAAGAUGUGACCGAACUUAUUGGGAACACUCCAUUGGUGUACCUGAACAAUUUCGCUGAAGGAUGUGUUGGUCGUGUUGCUGCUAAGCUCGAGAUGAUGGAGCCAUGCUCAAGCGUCAAAGACAGGAUUGGUUUCAGUAUGAUCUCUGAUGCAGAGAAGAAGGGUCUCAUAAAACCAGGAGAGAUGGUAGGUCUGGUGCAAUUUAUAAAACUUGGUUGGGGCAGAAUUUGGGAGUGGCGUCUAAAG